UUUAUUUCUCGGUAUUUCAUUGCUUCUGAUAGUUGUGGAAUUUGGCACAUUGAGGAGCUCUAUCAUACAGGAAUAAAGACUUUCUUCGUGCCAUAAUAUCCACUUGGGCUCGGAGGUCGCUCCAAUGGCUAAUACAUUCCAAGUCCCCAUUGGGCGAAACCACCAAAAUGUCCGACAUCAAACCGCAAAAUGAGCCGGUCGUCCCCAGCGACAUCGAAAAGAUCCGUUCCUCGAUCGAUACCAACUUCAAGAAAUUUGCCGAGCUCAUGAGCAACAUCCGCAAGCCCGUCCCUGACCAGACCGGAAAUGGAUCGCACCUCAAGUUGCAGGACGAUACGCCAGCGAUCGUCAAGAAGGUGACGGAUAAUUUGUCGGAUCUGAGCCACCUUGGUAUCCAGGAUAUCACCACACUCUUGGAGGCAUUUUCGCACACCAAGAAUGGAGAAUUGGUGGACGACAAAAGCUACUUUAUGGAGCGAUUGAUCCAGGUACCACCACCUCGUCUUCAGUGGUUGGAGUUGAACAUUGAUUCUGACUAUGGAGGUAGUGCGCCGCAGACUUUCCCGAUAACUCGAAGAUGGGCGCCGACAUCACGAAUAAUUUCCUGACACAGCUGUGGAAUGAUCUGGAUCAUCCACCGCAAUCGUAAGAGCUUGUUACGAGCAGUCUCCAGCUGUUAUCUGACCCCUUAUAGAUACUUG